AUGAGCGUUUGGCUAUCGCCGCAAUUUGCGCGCUUCUACGGCGGCGCUGUUGCGCAAGGAAGCGUCGUUGACCUGCGAGUCCUCUCUGUCGCGGAUGGUGAGGCGUGUACGCUGUCUAGGCUGAUGCCCUUUGAGCGCAACGUUGCGUCAUCGUCGGUGGAUGAGGUCACCGCAGCGGCAGCAGCAAGCAACGCGCCAAGCAGCACCGUCACCGUCACCGUCACCGUCACCACCAUCACCGUCCCCGGAUCGAGCCUCGACAGACGGCCAUGGACAUCAGAUCAGCAGCUGGACCAGCUCGAACAGCAAGGCUACUUCAAGGACCGACACCACGAGCGAGGACUGUACUACAUUCGCUGGCCGCCGAAUCACGCUCGUGCGACUGAGAGACCGAUCUUGCUUGUCUCUUACGUGCCACAGCCGCCGACUGAUCUGAGCGAUCCUACUCUGCUCGGCUCGCUAGACUAUCCGCCCGAGCUCAAACCAUCAGCAGAUCGGGCACACGAUGACACGCCGCUCGACCAGCUCAGGAUCGCGCCAGGCUCGUUUCAUGACAAUCCUGAUUUCAUCAAUGUCGUCCAUGCUAUCGUGUCUGGCGCGAUCUACGAGGACGAGGUGAUGAAGGUGAGAGCGGAGAUGGCAGCAGAGGGUUGGCUACAUCUGCUAGACGAGAGGAAUCCGCCGCCACUGAACCGAGCAGGCGAGCCAGACGACAUCAUCGCCACCACGCUCGUCCAGCAGGGCAAGCUCGUCAGGGAGUCUUAUGAGCCCAUGCCGUCCUAUCGGGUGCACACGCGUGAUGGCUUCCUCACCUUGCCAGAGUCGCUCCACAAGUCUGUCCUGCAUGGCAUCCGCGUCGCUCGAUCUAUCAUCGCCGAUGCCAAGACAGACAGCGGAUGA